AUGUGUGCGGUGGAACCGGUCCUGAUUGUGCACGGCGGUGCGGGCACUGUUUCGGACGAUCGCAUUCCGGGUAAACUUCGUGGCGUGACACUAGCGGCAAAAGUUGGCUAUCAAGUACUUGCACGCAAUGGUUCAGUUUUGGAAGCGGUUGAACAGGCGGUCCGUAUUAUGGAAGCGGAUCGCUACUUCAACGCUGGUUACGGGUCGGUUCUCAACGCCGAGGGUGAUGUCGAGAUGGAUGCCAGCAUCAUGGACGGUGCUACGAAAGCGACGGGAAGUCUGAGCGGUGUACGUGACCUACUGCAUCCGAUCUCAUUAGCGCGGGCGGUGAUGGAGUACUCGGGACACAAUUUCCUUAUUGGUGACGGUCUACACUCGUUCGCGCUGGAUCGUGGCUUUCGCUUUCUGGACCCUCCGGGCCAGCUAGUCACCCAGUACGCCAAGGAUGUGCUGGAUGAUUGGAAAGCUUCCGACCAGAGCUAUCGAUCGGGCGAAGGUGGUACCGUGGGUGCCGUAGCCAUCGAUGCCAAUGGUAACAUUGCGGCGACGACGUCUACCGGCGGAGUCACGGGUAAACGGGUUGGACGUGUCGGAGACACUCCAAUCAUCGGAUCGGGAACGUACGCCGAUAACAGAUUGGGCGGCGUGUCACUUACGGGCGAUGGAGAUAUCAUCAUGAAGGUGUGCAUCGCGUACGAUGUGCUGAGAACGGCCGAGCUCACCGGGCGCGAGAUACAGCCGGUCGCCGAUGAGUUGCUCGAUACGAUGAGCGCCGCCCUCGGUGGAACGGCAGGGCUGGUGGGUGUGGAUAGUGACGGCAACGUGGUUGUGGCACACAACUCGCAACACAUGUCGUGGGCUUAUCAACGAGGCGACACAGUUGCGUACGGUGUUAGCAAGGAAGAUUUCAACUUGGUACCUGCAUCUGACAGCCAAUUCAUUCCUCUCGCUUAAGAU